AUGCAUGUCAUGCUGCUCUCUUUCUGUGUCCUGGUCUUGCUUAUGCCCGGUCCAUGUUUUACGGCACCCACAUUUAUUCCGGAGGAAGAGAGCACUCCUUCACCAGAACCACAGGUUGACUUGAAGCUGGCCACAGACUAUCUUCAGCAGUACUACAACCUGCAAAAAGAUCCUUCAGGGCGCAUUAAACGGAGCGGGCCCUCCUUUAUCUCCAAGGUGAAAGACAUGCAGAUUUUCUUUGGGCUCAAUGCAACUGGUGUCUUAGACUCUGAUACCCUGGAGGUCAUGGGGAACCCUCGAUGUGGUGUUCCAGAUGUGGAGGAGUACAGUCACAUCCAGGGGACACGGUGGAAUAAGAAUGUCAUCACCUACAGCAUUGGCAGGUACACCAGAGAUUUGCCUCGCAGGACUGUGGACUCUUUGAUUGAGUCAGCAUUCAGCGUUUGGGCCAGAGCCAGCGGUCUGACGUUUGUCAGGUCACACACCCGCAGCGCUGACAUCAUUGUGGAAUUUGUUACUCACGAUCAUGGUGAUUUGUAUCCAUUUGAUGGACCCAGAGGCACACUGGCUCAUGCUUUCGGUCCAGGGUUAGGUGUCGGAGGGGACACGCACUUUGAUGACGAUGAACGCUGGACGGCGGGAGAAACAGGUUUUAAUCUGUUUGUGGUAGCAGCUCAUGAGUUUGGCCAUGCUUUGGGCCUUAAGCAUUCCAGAAACCCAGGAUCACUGAUGUACCCAACCUACACGUCCUUACAUCCUGCCAACCUGUUAUCCAGAGAAGAUGUAGCUAAUAUCAACGCACUUUACAGUCCUGUCAGAAGUCAUCCAAAUUACACUUUCAGGGGCUCUCAGUUUAACCCCUGGCUGUCCGGCUCACUGUUCCCCCGACACAUGCAGGACAAAUGUGCUCCAGACAUGACCUUUGACGCAGUGUCUACUCUUGGAGAUGCCACCUUCUUUUUCAGAGACAGAUAUCUCUGGAUCAAGCAUAAUGCACAAUAUGGUAUCAAAGAAGGUCCCAUCUCCAACUUUAUGCCUAAGGUUGAAACCAGCAUCAGCGCUGCCUUCUGGGUACCUCGCAGAUCCACCGCUUACCUUAUUCAUGAAUCCAUGUUCUGGACAGUGAAAGGCUCUCUGGUGAAGGGAAAGCCCAGAGCACUCAGUCACUUUGGAUUUCCAGCCUGGGUUCAAGAUGUGGAUGCAGCAGUGCACAUAGCAAAAACAGGACGCACCCUCUUCUUUAUGCAUGACAUUUACUGGAGUUACAAUGAAAACCGAAAGGUGAUGGAUUUCGGUUACCCAAAGUACAUCAGCGAGGGAUUUCCCGGAGUCAAUACCACAUUAAACGCAGCUAUUCAUAAAGAGGGUUUCAUCUACUUCUUUGUCGGACCACAAGUCUACAAAUACGACUACACACAGAAAUAUGUUGUUGGAGUUGAGACAGCAAAUUCCUGGCUUGGCUGUUGA